CGUAACGAGUUCCUCAGCCGCUGACAAUCGAAACACACGUCGAUUGAUUCCGCUCGGACUGGCCAGUGCCCAGUGUCGACUAUCGUGUUGACUCGAGUGGUUAGUACAUGAGCUCACGAAGCAUCACUACAGGAAUCAAAGCAUUUCUCAAUUGAAGCAAUCAUCUCGUUGAGCGUAAACAAAUCGUUCCUACGAUGCGACGAUUGAAGCGUUUGGAAAAAGGGGUGGUGCUGUUGAUAUUCUUUAUAUCAACAGUGAAGUCUGCAGCAGUACCCACAGAAGAUUCUUUAGUGCUUACAACAUCGGGAGAUGAGGUCCCUGUAAGCACGGAAGCAGCGCCGACCACAGAGGGGCCCCUCCUUCCAAUAAAACUGUCAGAAAUGCGGGUACACUCUGAAAUAGCAUUACGCUACGCACGCACUGCUGUCACAGCCACUGUCCGAAACCCCGCCAAAAAAUCGCAAGAAGCUUUCUUCAGAGUCCUUCUGCCGGAGACUGCUUUUAUUAGCGGGUUCAUAAUGACUCUCGAUGGAAAAUCUUACAAAGCCUACGUGAAAGAAAAAGAUGAAGCAAAAAAGAUUUAUAAUCAAGCUGUGUCGCAAGGAAUAGGAGCAGCCCACAUUUCCGCCAAAGCUCGUGACUCAAACCAUUUCACAGUAUCAGUGAAUGUUGAACCGAAUACAACAGCAGUAUUCAAUCUCACCUACGAAGAACUUCUGGUAAGACGAAAUGGCGUCUACAACCACGCAAUCAAUCUUCACCCUGGUGCAUUGGUACCAAAGAUGAAGGUCACUGUUCACAUCAAAGAAUCUGCAAAAAUUACAACGCUUAGGGUUCCUGAAGUGAGGACUGGCAACGAAGUUGAUGCAACGGCAGAAGACGCACAGAAUCCAAAUGCAGCUAUAGAUAGAGGUCAAAAAGAAGACGAAGCUACAAUCACAUUUAAACCAGAUAUAGAAGAACAAAAAAGGCUAAUGCAAUUGUAUGCUGCGAAAACCAAGGAAUCUGCUUCUCAUAGACCUUAUUAUUAUGGACAUGAGGAAGAUGACGAGGAAAAAGCGAAAAAUGCAGAGGGGACUAUUGGUCAGUUUGUAGUUCAAUACGACGUGGACAGAUCCAAGAAUGAACAAGUUUUGGUAAACGAUGGGUAUUUCGUCCACUUCUUAGCUCCCACAUCGCUACCGCCGCUCAGGAAACAUGUAGUUUUCGUCCUGGACACGUCUGGUUCCAUGAUGGGCAGAAAAGUUGAACAAUUGAGGGAAGCUAUGCAGAGCAUUCUAGCCAAGCUCAAUAUUGGAGACUACUUCAGUAUCGUUGAGUUCAACUCUAAUGUAAAGGUGCAUGAUCUUCAGGAUGCUGAUAAGCCGGAUAUCCAGAAGCCAAGUUACCUCAGCUAUCGAGCCCAGGAUGCAGUCUUGAUACCUCCUUCACCCGCAAUCCCUGAAAACGUACAAAAAGCGAAGGUCAUCAUAUCUCGUCUACAAGCUUAUGGAGGUACAAACAUCAACAGCGCUCUUAGUGUUGCCAUAGAACUGAUUCACAAAGGAGUGAACUGGUCUGCCAAAGUCCCGACUAAAACAACCACCGACAAGACAACAACCGAAGACGCAGAAAUCACAGCAACCACGCAAGACGUCGCAGAAGACAACUCGGUAUCGGAUAAAAAGGAUAAUAGAAAAGAUGACUUGGAAUCGAUUAUUAUUUUCCUUACGGAUGGCGAUCCAACCGAAGGUGAAACUAAUACCGUACGUAUUCUCUCGCAUAUAUCAGAGAAGAACUACGGGGAAAGGAAAGCUUCGAUAUUUUCACUCGCUUUCGGUGAGGACGCUGACCGUACUUUCCUCCGCAAGCUAUCUCUGAAGAAUGAGGGUUUCAUGCGUCACAUAUACGAGGCUGCAGACGCUGCACUUCAGCUCCGAGAUUUCUACCAGCAGGUGUCAUCGCCACUGCUCGCUAAUGUUGAAUUUACAUAUCCACGGGAACAAAUGAAGGAAGGGUCUUUAACGCGCAGAAAAUUCCGUGCAAUAUAUGAGGGUUCUGAAGUAGUGGUGGCCGGAAGAGUGGCGGAUGGAGUCGAACUGUUUGAGCCCCAUGUGUAUGGCUUCUGUGGAGUUGAAGAUGGAGCUGGUAGGAAAAAAUAUGAGAUCUCACCUAAAAUAGCAGUUUCACGCGGGAAGAAUGAGUACCUGCCUCUGGAACGACUGUGGGCUUAUCUUACCAUCAAACAGCUGCUGGAUGAAAAGGAUGCUUCUGACUCAGACGUUAAGGGCGAGGAUAGUCCUGCUAAAAAAGCACUGGAUAUAGCAUUAAAGUAUGAAUUCGUGACGCCCUUAACCUCCUUGGUCGUGGUAAAACCAAAUGCAACUGACGCUAUCAAUGCUGAAUCUGUUGAUAAACCAGAUCAUGCUGACAACUAUUUGGGGCUGAAUCUAACCCCUCUCUCCGGCGCUCCGGUACCAUCUAGUCUUGGAUUCGCAUCUUUCGACUCAGGACAUAUUAGUGCGAAUAGACUUUCCUAUCCGUCUGCAUCUUACCAUUGGAAUUCAAUGGCAAGUCAGCAUAGUGCGCCGAUGUUUGAAGAUUAUGAAGAAGCUUUAUUCGGCCCACACACGCAUUCGUAUAGUAUGGGUUUUUAUCCCCACGCAUCCUCAAUUGUUGGUUAUCGCAAACCUUCGAGACCGUUGUACUUGCAUACGAAACAGGUAUCGAGCAUUGUAUUACCACAAUCUACAACAGUGCUGGCAACAACCACAAUAUCAUAUUUAGAGGAGUAUCAUUUGGAGGACUACCCGUGGACUAAAAAUAUUCUUAACCAUAGUAAUGACACUCUGGAUGUUUCUGUGAAUGGACAAUUAUUGCAUCUGAAACUCACUAAGGAAUCCACAGCACCAAUUUCGAAGGAAGGUGAUGCAGCCUGCGAGAAGUCAACAGAAGGUUCUGCUGGAGUGUGUGUCUACCUGACCCGGUGCCAUUCCGCCAGGAACAUUGACGAUAACAGUUAUCCAGAGUACCAGUGCAGCGUUGGGGACGGGUUUGCUGGUGUUUGCUGUCCCAAACUUGAAGUUGAUAAAGUUGAGAAUUAAGAGAUUAUUAAUUGAUAUAUUUAAACGUAUAAUGUUGCGCUGACUUAAUAAUUUAUAAGAAGUGCCAUAAAUAAGGUAUAUAAAUUGAUAGAUUUAAAUUGAUAAAUUUUGUAACAAAUAAAAUAAAUGGUCUUUGGUCC